CUGCCACCUCGCAUUGCGACUCGCUGACGGUUGAAGUAUCAACACCGGAAACCAUCAAUUUGAAAAGGCACGAGAACUGAACAUACCGAAGGCUAGGCGCCAAGAUUAUACUCUAGACUGCGCAUACGCACACAUAUCCCAUCACUCAAAGAUACAGGACAGCGACACAGCCAUUGUCAUGGACGAAGACAAGCUCAAGGCCGAAAAGGUGGCCGCGGCCAAGAAGAAGUUGGAGCAAAUGAAAAAGGCAAAAGCCAAAAAGGCUGGCGGCAGCACCAGCACCAGCAAGAAGGACGACAUUGCCCUCGAACCUGCGACCUCUGCCCAAGACAGAGACACCCCCGACCAACCCCAAGCGCAACCGCAACAACCACAAGAACAGCCGGACCAAGACCAACCAACCGAGCGUUUCCCCGCCGCCGAAGAUACCCCCACCUCCCCGAGCACUAUAACAGCUACUACCACCACCCCCUCGCUAGCGCAGCAAUCCAAAGCUCGCUCGACCUCCUUCCGCCAGGGCUCCGUGUCCCUAUCCACCGGCGGGCCCCUCUCGCCGGGGGCGUCUGCCGGGCUGGGGCUGUUCAGCCCCGAGGCAGGCGAGACGGCACCGGAUAUUUACCGCAAACACGUCGGGCGUAUCGAGGAACUGGAGAGGGAGAACAAGACCCUAGCGAAAGAGCUGAAGGAUGCCGAGAAGCGGUGGGCGAGGGCCGAGGAGGAGCUGGCUGAUUUGCGGGAGAGGGGCGGGCCUCUUGGGGAAGGGCAACCUGCGGAUGAGGAGGCCGGGGUGGAGGGGUUGAAAAAGGAACUCGCCGCGCUACAGAGGCAAAACGCGCAGCUGCAGUCGCAGAUUGCGCGCACUACGAGCGGCGGCGGCAGACAGCACGGGUCGUCGCCAUCGCUGUCCAUGUCGUCGCCGCCCGCCAUGGAGCUUGAGGCGCAGCUGCGCAGCAAGGCGGCCACCAUUGAGACGAUGGAGCUGGAGAUGUCGCGCCUGCGCGCGCAGGUCGAGAGGCUGUCCGUCUCGGCAUCGACACCAUCGGAGCAGAUCGCCGCGCUGGAAGAGAAGCUCGCCCGCGCGGACAAGGCCGCGGGUCUCGCGCAACGUGAGCUGCAUGAUUUGAAGAUUGAGCUGGAGGGCGUCUCCAAGAAGGCGGUGAAAGAGGGCUCAGAGAGGGCCUCCGCCGAGACAAAGCUCCGUACUCUGGAACGGGAGCUGGCUGAGGCUGCGGCUGCUAGGGAUGAGCUGGCUAAGAAGGCGGAGGCGCUGGAGAAGAAGGUUGUUACGCUUACUACGCUGCACAAGGAGCAGGAUGGCCGGACGCAGGCUCUGCGGAGGGAUAAGGAGCGUGCUGAGAAGGAGGUUGCUGAGCUGAAGCAAAAAAUAGAGCGGAUAGAAGCGGAGAAUUGGAGGUUAAGAAAAAAGGAUGCUGCUGAAGGUGGCGGGGAUGAUGAAGGCGUUGAUGAGCUGGAGGACGAGGAGCGGCAGCGGAUGCAGAGGAGGAUCAGGGAAUUGGAGGCGGAGAAUACCGAUCUCCGCAGGGGCAUCUGGCACGAACGGAGGAAAGAGAUGCAGGUGGGUCCGGACGAAGCCGUGGCUGUUGGUGCUGCGGGCCGGUUCGAGACGGUGGACCUGGGGUCUGGCCUGAUGUCGCCAUCGAGCCGGAAGGGCGGCGGCGGGGGAGGGCUUGGGGACUUUUUUGCCAGCGGGCUGAAUGUGCUUACCAGUGCUGCCGGCGGCGGCGGUCAUGCGCACCACGACGACCUGCUUGAGGAUGAUGAUAUGGAGUUUGACGAGGAGGCGUUCCGUCUGGCGCAAGAGGAGGAGCAGAAGAAGCGGCUUGAGCGGAUCAGGGAGGUCAAGCGGUCGCUGAAGAAUUGGGAGGGCUGGAGGUUGGACCUGGUUGAGAACCGGAGGGGCGGCGGGGAAGGGAUUGGAGAGAUAUUCGAGAUUUGAGGUGUAGUGUUGCUGAACCUGUGACAAAUGUAACAAUCACGUAUCAUGUUUGUUAGACUCAGGGUAGAUGACUCAUGAGUAUCACUGUCUACUGGAUUGGACGCU